AAAGGCUACACGCCCUAACCCUCCUACAUUGGGGGCGAGCCAGCUAGCCACAACCCAGCCGUCUUCUUUAGCAGGUGGACGCUCCGCUGCUUCCUCAGUCCUCCCGGGAAACACCCUACUUCCUCCUUCUACUACCGGACGACCAUCACCACCGCCAAGAUGCCCAAAACGGUCAACGUUCGCGUCACCACCAUGGAUGCUGAGCUGGAGUUUUCCUUCCACCCCAAUACGACUGGGAAGCAGCUCUUUGACCAGGUGGCCAGGACAAUUGGACUGCGUGAGAUUUGGUACUUUGGGCUUCAGUUUGUCGAUGGAAAAGGUUUCCUCACCUGGCUCAACGUCGACAAGAAGGUGAUGUCCCAAGACGUGCGCAAGGAGACGCCGCUGCAGUUCAAACUGCGUGCCAAGUACUACCCGGAGGAAGUGACGGAGGAGCUGAUCCAGGACGUGACGCGCCGGCUCUUCUACCUCCAGGUGAAGGAGGACAUCCUCAACGACGACAUCUACUGCCCGGCCGAGUCGGCCGUGCUCCUGGCCUCCUACGCCAUCCAGGCCAAAUUCGGCGAGUACAAGAAGUCGGAGCACCACACUGGCUACAUGUCCUCGGAGCGUCUCUUGUCGCGCAGAAUCCUGGAGCAGCACAGCUUGUCCAAGGAGCAAUGGGAGGGUAAGAUCCAGGUCUGGCACGAGGAGCACGGAUGCAUGCUCAAGGACGAGGCCAUUCUCGAGUACCUGAAGAUUUCUCAGGACCUGGAGAUGUACGGCGUUAACUACUUUGAGAUCAAGAACAAGAAAGGCACCGACUUGUGGUUGGGCGUGGACGCCCUGGGGCUCAACAUCUACGAGAAGGACGACAAAAUGACUCCUAAGAUCGGAUUUCCCUGGAGUGAAAUCAGGAACAUUUCCUUUAACGAUAAAAAGUUCAGCAUCAAGCCCAUCGACAAGAAAGCUCCUGACUUCAUCUUCUACGCGCCUCGCCUGCGCGUCAACAAGCGCAUCCUGCUGCUGUGCAUGGGCAACCACGAACUGUACAUGCGCCGCCGCAAGACGGACACCAUCGAGGUGCAGCAGAUGAAGGCCCAAGCCAAGGAGGAGCGGCUCCAGAGGAAGAUGGAGCGCGACCAGCUGGAGAGGGAGAAGAAGCGAAGAGAAGCCAUCGAGCUCGAAAAGGAGCAGAUGGAACGGGAGAAGUACGACCUCAUGACCAAGCUCCAGCAGUACGAGGAGACCACCAAGAGAGCCGAGAGAGAGCUCCAGGAGCAGCUUGACCGGGGCGUUCGGCUGGAGGAGGAACGGAGGAAAGUGGAGCAGGAGGCGGCCCGGCUGGAAGCCGAGAGGAUGGAAGCCAUCAUCGCCAAGGAGGAGCUGGUCAGGCAGGCUGAGGACCAGAUGAAGAGCCAGGAGCAACUGGCCACCGAGCUGGCCGAGUACAGCGCCAAGAUUCUGCUGCUGGAGGAGGCCAAGAGGGUGAAGGAGGAGGAAGCGGACACGUGGCACUGCAAGGCUAAAGAGGUGGAGGAGAACCUGAUGAAGACGCAAGAGGAGCUGCGUAGCGUGAUGACCGCCCCCGCGGCCGCCCCCGCCUCCUCGUCCUCCUCGGACAGCGAGAGCGACCACGAGCACAGCGAGGAGAACAGCAGCUACAGCGCCGAGCUGAGCUCGCAGGGCAUCAACGACCACCGCCGUGAGGAGGACAGGCUCACCGAGGCCGAGAAGAACGAACGCCUGCAGGCCAAGCUCAGGGCGCUGAGCUCGGAGCUGGAGGAGUCCCGCGACCAAAACAAGAAGACGGCCAGCGACCUUCUGCAUGCCGAGAACGCGCGCGUCGGCCGAGACAAGUACAAGACGCUCAGGCAGAUCCGCAUGGGCAACACCAAGCAGAGGAUCGAUGAAUUUGAGGCCUUGUAACGCCGAAAAAGCCAACCAAGCACUCAAACGGCCGUACUGUAAAGUGCACACACUAGUGCGUACAUGCGUGUCUAAAAGAUGAAUUGAAAUCCUUAUUUUAUUUUUAUUUACAGCUUAAUUUUUGAAUCUCCUCACAUUCAAAUUAAACUUGUUCCAGCUUCUUUUA